CGGUCGCACACGGUUAGAGUGAACGACUACAGAUAGCUAAUCGUCAAGCGUAAUAGGCGUCCCCCAUCACACGCGCAUAGUCAGAGGGUUUCGUUGAUGACCCCACGGUUACAUUUAACUAAGCUAUAGAGGGCGCAAACUUUAAAAUGGCAGCGCCCAUGAGUAUGGUCGAUUUUGCGAUUGAAGACGAAGAUGAUGACUUCCUAUACCUCCUCUUGAGCAAUGAACCAAUACCAAAGAGGAUCACAUUCAAUCCAGAGUGGCCAAGGUUUGAUUUAUUAACACCAAAUGAUAAUCAGUGCUUAGACAAGUUCAGAUUUCUAAAAGAUGACAUUUACCGGCUGCGAGAAUUACUUAGACUUCCAGAGAAACUAACGUUGAGGAAUAAGUCCACUUGCAGUGGCCUUGAUGCCUUGAAAUUCCAGUCAGUGGUGAUACCUAAUGGGUUGAUUGCUCAUCUUUACGGCCCAGUGGAAGGUAGAAGACAUGAUAGUGCUCUGCUUCGCAUGAGUGGACUGAUGCGAGAAUUUGAGGCAAGAAAUCUGACGGACAGAAAUGGCCUUCCCUACGCAAUUUAUGGGGAUCCCGCUUAUCCAAUCAGACGGUAUCUAAUAGGCCCAUUCAAAGGAGCAGAUCUGACACAUGAGGAACAAGAAUUCAACUCACGAAUGUCAUCGGUCCGAGAAUGCGUGGAGUGGGAAUUUGGCAAGAUGAUUAAACUGUUUGCCUUCCUUGACUUUCGCAAGAACUUGAAAGUACUGUUGUCUCCAGUGGCUAAGUACUAUCUGGUUGGCGGGCUCCUCACCAACUGUCAUACGUGCCUCUAACCAGACAAGCAGUUUCUUCCAAUUGGAUCCACCCUCAUUGGAGGACUAUUUGGCAUGAUUCCAUCCAUCAUGUACAACCGUCUGAACUUUGAACCCAUGAAUUUUGCUUCAUAUAAAGGAUUAUACCUGGAAGAAUUUAGUGAUUUUUGCAAUGCCAGGCUUUGAGUAACUUAAAUUUAUAGUGUGUUUAAAAAAAAAAAACAACAACAACAACAACAACAACAACAAAACCAAGCAAUCAAAAUCCAAUGCAAUGCCAGAUGUAGAAUGUGUAACCAAUAUGAAUAAUAUAGGUAUGGUUUGAAAGAUAUGCCAUUUUCACUUUAAAAUGAGCCAUGAAAUGUCCAAAUCUAUUAUUAAUUUUGGCAGAGUUAUGAGUAGUUUUCCAAGAGAGGUUAAAUUUACCAUGGGACCAAGUUUUAAGUUUUAGGCAUUGGGUCAAAGGUAGCCAGAUUGCCUGUGUGAAUAAUUGCCUGUCCUAGGGACAGAUUAUGCAACACUUGCACAUCCAAACCGAAUCGAUUAUCAUUGCAUUUAAAAACUUGAUCCCAUAACCAACUUGACCUCUCUCGGACAAUUACUCAUAACUCUGUCAAAAGUAAACAGAUUUGGACAUUAUUUGAUGUCUCAUGUUAAAGCGGAAAGGUGUAUGUUUCAAACCAUACCUGUUGGUUACACAUUCUACAUAAUUCCAUUGAAUUUUUGAUUGUUUUUUGUUUU